AUGGCCUCCGGUAGCUGCGCUUGUCAUUAUAUCAGCUACACAGCCUCCACUCCCCCAACCUGCCUAGUCAAUUGCCAUUGCACAACCUGCCGCAAACAAGCCGGCGCACCCUAUCAAAGCUGGGCAUUCUUCGCGACCGAAGAUAUCCAAUGGCGCAUCAAUCCCACAGAACGACGGGCAAGCAAUGCCGCUACACGUAGCUUCUGUCCUCAAUGUGGUUCGACUCUUAGUAUGAUCCUGGAUCGUGAUCUGAAGAGUAUCGGGAUCGCUGCGGGGACACUCGAUGAGGGGAAGACGCAGAUCCCGCUGCCAAGCCAUGAUAUCUUUCUUAGUGAGAAGGCGUCUUGGUUUGAAUUGCCCAAGGGGGAUGGGGCAAAGAGAUGGGAUAAAUGGAGAAUAAAUGCUAAACUGUAG